CACGCGUCGUUUUGUCACGCCGCAUCAGUUUUCCAGCCAGAGGCAGGCUGCCAUGGCUUCUUUUUUUUUGAGAACCAGGCAGGCCGCCAUGGCUGGUCAAUAUCUUAUGCCGCACCAGUUUUUCGAGCAGCAGAUGCCGCGCCCCCGGCCUUUUACCAACAUGGCGCCCCACCAGAUUGUCGCCUUUGCUAGGGCCCACGGCAAUCGCGGCCCAAGACCGCGAUCUCACGAAGGCGCUUCGGUGCCGGUUGAGCCGGCCUUCCCCGCCGGGCCUGGGUGGUACAGGAACGGCGGCUUCGGCGCGCUUCCAGCGUCCGGCCUGGCCAUCGCUCGUCUGCCGGUGACUAGCGCCGCCGAGGCGAAGGCGCAGGACUGCUCUGUGUGCCUGGAGGCUUUCGAGGAGAGCGACGAGCUCAGGACGAUGCCGUGCUCCCACGACUUCCACGAGAGCUGCAUCUUCGAGUGGCUCAGGGUCAGCCGGUUCUGCCCGCUCUGCCGCUUCCCGCUGCCAACCGAGGAGGACGAGGCAGGUAGCGUGCUUUGAACAGACUAGCUUCUGCACGUCGUACAUCAAAAGGGUAGAUUGAUUGCGUUUUCGUAGCAGCGUGGACUUGCGAGCUGAGAUGUUGUAACCAACACUUGAUUAGUUGAUCCUGUGCAACCACUGUCUCGGAUUCUAAAUUCUUGUUUCAAAUUUGGCUAAAUAUGGAUAUAUCUAGUUUUGAAAGACGUCUAAAUACAUGUAAUAUUUCGACAACAAUUUAGGAUCGAAGGAGUACAGUAUGAAAAUCGUACUUCG